GCCGUCAUGACGUAAUGCGAUCUACUCCAGAAUAGCGCGCGGCGGAGGAGCAGCCACACGGAACCGUUUUCUCCGGAUCCUCUCUCCAAUGCUUGUUUGUUUAUGCGGGGUUUGUUUGGUCCGGAUCGAGGCUGGUAGGGGGGACAUGCGGCGGGAUGUUGGCGCUGAAGGAGAACCAGUGUUACGGACUGUCCAGCGGUAAACUGAUCCGCGGCGGUAACGUCUCUGUUUUUCACGUUAAACUCACUGACAGCGCGGCAAGAGCGAUUGGCUCCUUUCAAAACGGCAAGGGUCUUUCCUCUCAUCCCACCAUCUGCUUUAAUGGGAAUCAAGGGAGAAUCACCAUCCCUUGCUCAGAGAAUAAGGAUGAUCGGAGGAUCUUCUCUUUUGGUGUGACCAACGUCGCCCGGGAUAAUCCAAAUGGAAGCUUCGACUGCGUGCAGCAACUCAGCACUGGGGCGGCUGAGGAGCUGUCAUGUCUCGGGGUGAUUCAGAAGAAGAUGACCGUCAAAGCUACUGAUGACUCGUACGAUAAGGCGCGUCAGAGCAUGGCCCAAGUCGAGGAGGAGACUCGCAGCCGAGGGGCCAUCGUCAUCAAGCAGAGCGGGCGUUACCAGGUCAAGAAGGUGACAGUGCGAGCCCCAGCCCCAGCGCUGGCCAGCCUGGCAAAGCCCCAACACCCGGCCCAGUCUGUGGUCCGAAACAUCAGGAAAGGAGUCGGCUUGUCCAAGCUGAGGAAGAGCACUUACACGUCACACAGGAAGAGCGUGGCUGAAUUGCAGGGGAGGCCGCUCAGGGACAGAGUGACACACCUGCUGGCUCUGAGACCGUACAAGAGGCCUGAGUUGAUCCUGAGGCUGCAGAGUGACGGACUGACAGAUGGAGACAAAGACACGCUGGACUCUGUUCUGAUGGAGGUUGGCAAGCUCAGUGGCAGAGACAACACAUUUGGUCUCAAGGAUGGCCUGUAUAAAGAUCUGCAGAAGGACUGGCCGGGCUACACCUCAGGAGACCAGCAGCUUCUUAAACGCAUCCUUGUCAGGAGACUGUUUCAGCCACAAAAAAACCUUCUCAGUGUGCCUGAAGCCCAGGUCAGUCCACUACGAGACACCCCCAACUCCUCCCCAGCCCACCGCCCGAAACCUUCCCUCCCGGAGGAAUACACCGACCCUCUACUGAGCAAGAAGCCCAGAAUAUCUCACCUGUCGGCUAAAACAGGCAGCGACAAGUCACGAGUGAGGGCAUUAAGGCAACUGGCUCAUAAAAACGGUACAGAGACGACGGGUAACGACAAGCAGGGGAACUUGCUCGAUCCUAGAAAGCUCUUGGACUCCUUGUCAGCCGUCUGUCAGAAAGAAGAAGAGGAAGAAGAAGAAGAAGAAGUGGUCAAGAGGCUGGAACCGGCACUUCCGUGUACUCAGGAGGAGCCCGACAGUCCUGAAGCAGACCUUUCAAAACCUGUUCCUGACCCUCCAUCUCCUCUGGUAGUGCCUGAUCAGGACAGACACACAAUCAAAAGGAAGAAGAGCAAACAUAAACGCAAAGAUCAGGAAAAGGAUCGAGGGAGAGAAAGGAAAGAAAGAAAAAAAGAACCUCUUUCAGAGGACUCUGCACCUGUGGACUCCCCAGAGCCAAGUGAGAUUUUGUUUGACUCUAAUCUACUUCAAGUGGACAAAGACACAGCAGACUAUUUAUCGUCAUACACAAGGAUUCAAAGUUACGACCAGAGGCAAAACUACAAGCUGGACUUCAACAGGGAGUACAGCGAGUACAGGGACAUACACGCCCGUAUUGACGGCGUGACGCGGCAGUUCAUGGAGCUGGACACGCAGCUCAAACAGCUACACCGCCAAUCACACAAGUACAAGACGGUUCGAGAUCAAAUCGUUCAAGAGUAUCGCAAAAUUAAAAAGUCCAACCCCAACUUCAACCAAGAGAAGAUUCGCUGUGAAUAUCUUCACAACAAACUAGCGCACAUCAAGAAGCUCAUCUCAGUAUAUGACCAACAGCAGCUCAGUGUGGACGCGUCACGUCCAAACUGAAGAGGUUAACUGUGAGGCCAGUGAAGUUAACAUAAGGGGAGCUUUAUGCUGCUGAAAUGAAAGCCAUGAGCUGGAAUCUGUGGUCUUCAAGGCUUAAAGUAGUCUCAUGAGACCUGCUGGAAACCGUCGCUGCAGUUGGGAGACAUUUGUGAGAAGCAGCAGUUGUACGCUUUGGAAAUAGCCCUUUAAUAUAAGAUCUUUCCUCAGAACUUGGGAAGUGUUUUGGAAAAAUGUUAAACCAAUAGGCUGCUACAAGAGUGACAUGAUACUGCCAAGGACACCAGGAGCAACAAUGGGUUUUACAAAGAAUCUUAAAGCUUAAACUCACUCUUUACAAAUGCAAAUACAUACACUGUAUGUGGAGAUGAGGUGCUAAGCUCAAAAACAUUUGUAGAUUCACAUCUCCAUCACACUCUUUGUGACUUAAACCAGUCUGGGUGUUUGCUUCUAUGUUCUGUUCGCCAUGUAAGUGUUCAAGCAUGAAAUAACUGCACGCUGUACAUACCCAGACAGCUCUUACGUAUCGCAGUUAAGAGUUCUGAUUACCUGGGAUGCAGAUGUUUACACCCCGAGAAGACAUGUUAUCUGGGUUUGGUGAAUCAAGACGUUCCUCCUCAGUUCAACCCUGACCUGCUCUGUGUUGACCCCUGACAGUGUUGUCAGUGCCUGAAAUCGUUUCUACUCCUAUGCUGGAUUUGUUGUAUUCCACUGGUGUUGUUCUUCUUGUUGCUUUCCUGGAGCACAGAGGACUGUUAUAUUAACAUAAAAAGCUUUCUUGAAGUUGUAUUCAGGGAAUUUACAGUACGAGAUGCAGUAUAAGUUUUAAAAUUGAUUUUGAUGAUCAGAGAACAAAAAGUUAAGGAGUUACAGUCACUGUAGGAUGACAUGCUGGAAAAAGAGAAUUAAAAAGAUGUUGCAUGUUUUGUACUUUACAGAGUGCAUGCGGAAUAAAUCAGAAUUUCAAAUAAAUGAUUUCAUGUUCAUA